AUGUCGCCCGACAGAGAUGCUCACUCUCCGUCCCCAUCGCCGCCAUCACCAGCGCAAGAAUAUGAGUUACCCGCGCCCGAUGCUAGCCAACAGGACAUCUCCCGCAUGAGGUCCGAUCAUGCCUGUUUCGCCAGUCCUGGUGCUGCCGACUCAGCCCUCGAUGGGACGAACUUCACAUUCCGAGGGGUGGUCGUAGGAACAGCCAUUGGCAUUAUAAUAUGUUUCUCCAAUACGUACUUCGGCCUGCAGACAGGAUGGGUAUCAGGCAUGGCUAUGCCCGCAUCGCUGAUUGGGUUUGCUAUAUUCAAAGCGCUGUCGCCGUAUCUGGCACUUCCCUUUACACCCGUCGAGAACGUGUUGGUACAGACGGUGGCAGGAGCUGUUGGAACGAUGCCAUUGGGACUGGGCUUCGUUGGCGUCAUGCCUAGUUUGGAAUUCCUGCUGAAGAAGAGCGAGGGUGCCCCGGUAGAUCUCAGCAUAUGGAGACUGUUCGUAUGGGGUGUUGGGUUGUGCCUCUUCGGUGUGGUCUUUGCUGUCCCGCUAAGAAAACAGGUCAUCAUUCGAGAGCGGCUCAAAUUCCCCAGCGGUACCGCUACUGCACUCAUGAUUAGUGUUUUGCACGGCGGCGCCAAAAGCGACGAGGCCAAAGGUCGAGAAAUCAGUACCCAGGGGACAGAGGAACGUGAAGAGCUUCUCAACGAGAGCGAGAGGGACGAGGCUGGCAGUGUAAGCGACGAACGUGAUCUACGAGCCGACUGGAAAAAACAGAUUCGACUCCUCCUUCUGGCCUUUACUGGGUCUGGGUUCUACACUUUUGUUCAAUAUUUCUUGCCCAUCCUCCAUAAACUUCCCAUCUUUGGCGCCUACCUUGCCGAUACCUGGGUCUGGACACUGAACCCUUCCCCAGCAUACGUCGGGCAAGGCAUCAUCAUGGGUCCAGCGACAACCUUCCACAUGCUCCUUGGAGCCAUUGUCGGAUGGGCAAUCCUCAGUCCCAUAGCCAAACACAAAGGCUGGGCUCCAGGUUCCGUUGACGACUGGGAGACUGGAAGCAAAGGUUGGAUCGUCUGGGUGAGUCUGGCUAUCAUGCUUGCCGAUGCCGUUGUCAACUUGGGCUGGCUCAUCCUCCGACCGGUCAUGAUCCACGGCCCAGACUGGAUUCGCUCUGGCCAACAACAUUACCGGCACAGCGAUUCCUGGUCCGACUUUCUGUUCGGCCACAAUAUGGCUGGCUAUCUCGCCCUCAAAUCCCCGCACUCUGCCAAUUUCCCACCUGUAAGGCCAGUCAAGUCUCACUCAGACGACGACGACGACGCUCCUGACGACGCCCCCGACGACGCACCCCCCCACCAUCUCAUCUCUGGCCGGACCGUAAUCAUCCUCCUCCCUCUAACGCUUCUCCUCUGCGUGCUCUGCAUCCACGUCACUUUCGGUACUUACAUCCCAAUCGGACUGAACAUCCUCGCCAUGGUCCUCGCGUGCGUUCUUUCCAUUAUGGGUGUCCGCGCUCUAGGCGAGACAGACCUCAAUCCAGUAUCCGGCAUCUCCAAACUCACCCAGCUCGUCUUCGCCCUCGUGACACCGACAGGCACGACGCACGGCAACCACGCCAUCAUUAUCAACCUGCUCGCCGGGGCGGUCAGCGAAGCAGGCGCCCUCCAAGCAGGCGACAUGCUGCAGGAUCUCAAGGCGGGCCACCUCAUCGGCGCGAGCCCCAAGGCGCAAUUCUACGGGCAAAUGAUUGGCAGUCUGGUUGGGGCGUUCGUCUCGGCGGCCGUAUACAAGCUCUAUGUUUCGGUGUACCAGGUCCCCGGUGAACUAUUCGAGAUUCCGACGGCGUACGUCUGGAUCUUCACCGCACGGCUCGUCACGGGCAAAGGCCUCCCGCCGAUGGCUGGGCAAGUCGCGCUCGUUUUCGGGGCCGUCUUCGUCCUCACCACGUCGCUGCGCAUAUACAUGCUCGCGUACAGCGACGAGAAACCCUGGUGUCGUACCCUCCACCCCUGGGUCCCCGGCGGCAUCGCCGUCGCCGUCGGCAUGUACAACACACCGAGCUUCACUCUCGCGCGCACCGUUGGCGGCGUCAUAAGUUACUGGUGGAUCUCGUGGAAGCAGCGACCCGAGACCCGCGUCAUUGUCCUUGCGAGCGGUCUGAUCCUGGGCGAGGGUGUCGUGAGUAUCCUCAACCUCGUCCUUGCGAGUCUAGGAGUGCCGCAUUUGUGA